AUGGAGGGUGACCCUGUAUCUACACCCAUCUGUGGCCUGACCUACGGCAGCUCACACCUAAACCGAUCAAAUGCUUUUCCGGAUCUGAUGAUCAAGACUUCGAAAGCUGGUUGCGAAAAUUUGAGGACGUGGUUCGCAUGGUCGCUCCACCCAUUGCCGGACCAGCUACGUAUUAACACCUUGGUUGGAUUUUUGGAAGGAGGGGCCAGGGACAUCAUCGACGAUCUGUCAGACAUCGAUAAAAAUUCUUAUGCAAAAGUGGUUGACCACCUUCGCACGCAUUUUGAGUCGCCCCAAUUUCGAAGUUUGGCCAGGCAACAACUCUCCGAUUGUAAGCAGGGGCCGACUGAAAGUGCCCGUGAGUUUGCUGACCGAAUAAAGCAGAUCGUUAAGAAGGUAACUCGAGGUCAGCCUAAGCAGGCACAGAAUGAGCGCCUACUGGAUGAAUUCCAGGAUAGAUUAAAACCCGCGCUAAGAUUCCAUGUAAAAGCCGCGAAUCCCCUUACUUUUGAGGAAGCCGUGGUUAAAGCCACUACGUAUGAGUCCCUUCUAAAUGAUGUGGCAAGUGCCAUUACCAUUUUUCCUGGCACCCAGCCUACCGCUCCUCCACCUGUUCGUGUGGUAGCCGCACGAAAUACCUCCGCUCCACUCGGACCGGACCAAUACCGACAGAGAUUUCCAAGACAACAACGUAGGAAAAGUCGAACUUAUUAUCCUAGCAAUAAUAGAUCGAGACGAUUCUGGGAAAGAGCACCUAAUGCAGAUAUAAUCUGCUACCGUUGUGGGAGAAAAGGUCACUUCCAAACCUUUUGCCAUUACAGCUUGCCGCCAGCCGGCUUACAGCCACCCCAAUUACCGGCGCCACGCAACGGAAAUCCACCUCAAAACGCGAACUUUUCCCGGGUUUCUCGUAAUGCGAAUCAAGGUGACGAUGUCCCCCACACCGUUUCGAGUCGAUCCAUAUAUGCGGGACCAGGGAGGCGAAAUGAAGUUCUCACAGCGGACACCUCGAAUGACGGGAUCCAGAGUACUGAUACGGUUUCCGAAGAGGACAAGGAUGCCCGCAUAGCGGCACUCAUCGAAAGAAAUAAUGCGUUAGCGGACUUAGUGUUCGCAACCCAGAACACAACCAUUUCCGAUGAUCCCGAUGGUGAAUCAGUUCGUAGACCCACAACGUCCAGCAAAACACCUGCAUGGGCAUACAUGUGUAUUUUAUCCAAUAAUGUGUCUCCUAUAGAGUGUAGGCAGAAAAUGAUGUUCGAAUUUGCACAUAAUGGAUCUAUUACUCGAUUUUAUCCCAUGUCUGGUACUUAUGAGGUAGUUGACCCCUCGCUCAUUACAGUAAUUCCCCAUACCGAUAACCCUCCACUCGCUGAUAUCAAACCGGCCAUUACACUUUUCCACAACCUCGUUUUGACAAAUAUCAGCGAAUUUGCACCCAAUAUAGAAUUCGGUGAAUUAUGGUCGGCAGUAGAGGGAAAUCAGGCCGCGUUGGAUGCCCAUCUAGACACCCACCCACCAGACGGCAAGGAUGGUUCUUCUACCACUCUUGUAGCCGCACAACUUUCUCUUAAUCCCCUUCCAUACCUGUAUAAAUACCUUUAUCAGCCUUGGGUUGCCAUAUGUUGCCUUUUGGUCACUAUUAAUGUCACCAUUCAUAUACUCGCAUUGUAUGCCUCGUUUUCUUCUGAUUCAUUUCUUGGUCGUUUCCUGAAUAAUAUUCCUCGACCCGGCGCCAUUCGCACCGAUGCCAUUAUGAUGCCAGAUCGAAUCCCUGUACCUUCUGAUCCCCGCCAACAGGCGCCUUUUCCAUACGAUUUUCCUCGAGUCUUUCACAUUUCUUCACGACAUUCCUCAUUGUCUGCUCAUAUCCCCCUUAAAAUCAAUGGAAUUAGCGUUUCCGCGUUGAUUGAUACUGGUUCAUGCAUUACCCUAGCGGGCCAAAACCUAUGCCCAGCGUCGGGAUCUUCCAAUUAG